GAAACGAUAAGGAGAAAAUAUCCAUGUACCACUUAACCACAAUAGAAUAUUAAAAUAGAUCGCUAAUAAUUCAACAUCAAGUUUAUUACCUUUGCCCCUCCAUACUAGAUGGAUAAUGAGUUAUGGCCUUCAAUGACAUAGCCAAUAGAGAGUUAUGCUUUUAUGUAUGUGCAGUAUAUAAAACCAUUUUUAAAAAAUGUAGUUACUUAUUAAUAAAAAGCAUUCAUCUGUGAACCCGUGUUUGUCUAUGACACCCAGUUCCCCUAAUGCUGGGGCCACACUAAGGGAAUACGUUAAUGCCCGUUAGGCGUAAAUUAAGGCAUUAAAUUAAUGCCUUACUGUAGUGAAUUCCACACUUGAACGACUUAACGUUAAUGAGGUACCGACACUCGAGUUAUCGCUCAACGUCUAACGCUUUCUUAAUGCCAUUGAAAAUUAACGCGUUAAAUCGUGGCUACACUAAGGUUUAACGCCUUAAUUCACGGCGUUUCCCGUUAGUGUGGCCCCAACUUAAUAAUUCUAUUUUGAAGUCGGUCGCGUGGCGCAGUGGAGAGUGAUACGGAUUUCUACUUCCACGGUUGUGGGUUCGAUUCCCACAAGUGGAAAAUAUUCGAGUGAUCAGCAUGGAUGCUUUCUAGUCAAAAAAAAAGGUCAAUCAUUCAAUCAAGUAAUCAAACCUAAGCCCUUCGAUUCGAAGGCAGAGUUUUAUCCACUGGGCUAUCACGGCUUCUUUUUGAAUUUAUAAUAUUAAAAUGCAAUACAAGAACAAGUUUAACUAACUAUAAAUUCGAAUUUCAACUGUUAAGUGGUUCAGUAAAAACUUUCAAGAUAACACUGUUGUGCGAUGGAAACAACAUUUAAGUAUUUAUACUAAUUUACAUAGAUUGAAACCUCAAGGUUAACCCUUUGAAAACAUGAGGACAUUUUGGCAUACUAGUUACGUAAUAUUCAAAUUCAAAAUUCGUUUAUUCGUUGACAAUUAAAAAUGAACAUCAGCUAUGUACAUUUUUAACCGUCAACACAUUCAAUAUUGUUUUUUUACGUUAUAAUAUAAAAUAAAUAUAUAUAUUUGCAAGUGAAUGGACUCUCAAACUUAAAAUUAAAGCUAAGAAAGUUCCAAAAGCGCCUUGAUUCGAGCCUUCCCAAAACUCAGGUUCCUUUUUUUAUUAUUUUUUUUUUUACAAAAUAUUGUUUAGGACUAAAUACACAGAUAUAUAGCGCAAUUAAUUCCCAAGCUUUUUACAAUAAUUAUUUCUUAAUUUAAUAUUAUUGUUUAAUUUACUGUCAUCUACGAAAUUCAUAAGUCUCUGCAGCGCUCGGAUAAAUACACGAUUAGCAUUAUGGUACCCCUAUGGUAUAACCGACAUUACAUACACAUAUUCAUCCGUAAACAAAAUUAAAACGCGUACCCACCAAUAUUGAUGACUCAUUUGUGGAACUACGCAACAACAUGCAAGGAACCUCUUAUGUUCAUCGGAAUUAAUUGGAAUUCCUGUGCUAUAAGUUCUUCCCUAAUUUUGUCGUAUAAACGCUAGUAUAACGUGUCAGGUAGCAGCAACAGUGAUUGUACCAUCAUUUUGUAGUAGAGGAAACACCUCGAGCAGGUCCCAGGACUUGUGAUCUUGGGUGUAGGUUUAAAGAAUUCCAUUCAAAAUGUAUUCACGUCCCUCACCUCCCCUGCCCGACAUGUUCUCUAUGCCCACAAUAAACAAUUCAUGAUCAAUAAUUAAAACACAAAACAUUAUCGCACAAUUUUUUGCGAAAAUGUUUUGUGUUGUAAAAAAUAAGAGGGUAGACGAUUGUCAACCAUCAUAUUUUGAAAAUAAUAUUCUUUUUAUUUAUUUACUUAGUUAAAAUAAUGAAUUUUAACUAUAAAGUGUGUGAAAUCCCUGAAAACUUCAAUAAUAUUGAAACUUACAGUAUUCGCCCGUUCGUAAAGUGACGUCAUUUAACGCGGAAAUUUUAGGCAAUCAAUAGAAUAGUGUCUUUUGACAUUUGUGACGUCAUCGUACACGUUCGCAUCAGGGCGCUAAAAUGGUGGUGCAUUAAAUGCUUAACAUAUGUGAGAUACCUAUUUUUUUGAAAGUUAUUUUUGUAUCUCGAGAUUUCACUUUUACAGAAAGUUAUAAAAAAUAUAAUGUAUACAUGGAUUCAAUAAAAAUUCAACUUAAUUUUACAGUAUUAAAAUAAAAGCGUAAUGAAUAAUUUAUAACAUGCAAAUGUAUCAAUCAAUAUAUAAUACAAAAGGCGUUCGUGAUAACAAUAAUUUUGUUACAGAUAUUGGAAAAUGUAUUCAAACGUAGUUUUGGCAAUACUCAGUAUAAUUUUGGUACUUAUUUCUUUUGAUUUUGAAAUUAAAUCUUUAAAUAGACAGAUCAUAAUAUAAUAUAAAACAAAUUCGCUGUCCCAACAAACCAUUUAGUGCCAAUCGUUGCUAAUAUCUCAUAAAGAACAUUAAGCUAGAACAUAGUCAGUCUUAAAAAGGCCUAAAAAAUGUACACAUUCUACGCGAUAUUUUUUGUGAUUGUGUUUAUAUGCUUCGCAGUAGUUCCACCAUAGCCCUAGUAUUAAGGGGAAACAAGACUCUCUAACAAUGGAAUUCAUAGAAGUUGCGGGGGCGUCCCCAAGGGAUCGUUCACCCGCUGAGUGUCGAAUUCUCAAAUGCAGUUUAAACUGGACACUCAGCCGGUGAACGGUCCCCGGGGGCGACCCCGCAACGUCUAUGAAUUCCACAACAAUGCAGCAGCAGAAAUCGUCCGAGUAGAACAGGGGAGACUGAGAGGAGAAAAACUAUGGACGAUCACGGGGGACACAUUGUACUACAGUUUCAAAGGUAUUCCAUACGCUGCUCCACCCAUCGGCAAAUUGAGGUUCAAGGAUCCCCUUCCUGCGCUUUCCUGGAAAGGAAUACGUAACGCUACUGAACAUGGGAAUGUAUGUCCUCAAUUUGAUAUGAUCAGAAACAUGUAUUUACCUGGAAGUGAAGACUGUCUCUUUCUAAACGUUUAUACACCAUUUAUGAAUCCGCGUACAUUGCUGCCAGUCAUGGUUUACAUACACGGUGGUGGAUUUGUUUACGGGUCGGGCAAUGACGAUUUCUGCGGACCAGAUUUUCUAAUAGACAUGAGUAAAGAGAAAAAGAAAGGAGUGGUCGUUGUGACAAUAAAUUACAGACUGGGCGAAUUGGGAUUCUUAUGCUUGAAUACUGCCGAAGUACCUGGUAACGCGGGUAUGAAGGACCAAGUCGCAGCGUUGAGAUGGGUGCAAAUAAAUAUACGCAACUUUGGCGGCGAUCCUAACAAUGUGACAAUUUUUGGUGAAAGCGCGGGAGGCAUGUCUUGUACAUUACACAGCACGUCACCCAUGUCUCGCGGACUCUUCCACAGAAUCAUAGCUAUGAGUGGAGUUGCAAGAGUGCAUACCUUUGAAUUUGAACAACAGAGGAAAGCCUUUGUACUCGCUAAAGGUCUAGGCUUUGAAACAACAAACGCUACUGCACUUCUGGAAUUCCUCCAAAGCGUGCCCUCUGAACGACUGAUACAAGCUAAUACCAAUGUUAUAGCCGCUGAGCAAUAUAUGGGCGUAAAAUUACUAAAUAUGCCUGUGGUGGAAAAAGAUUGCGGUCAAAAAAGAUUUCUAGAAGAAACACACGAUAUCUCAAUUAAGAAAGGACUUUCCGAAGUCAGCGUUAUGGCAGGAUAUACUUCAAAAGAAGGAAUAUUUCUCAUACCAAAUCUUGAAAAUUUUCCUAUACUGGAAAACUAUGGAAGAUACAUUGAAGGUUUAACACCACGUGACAUAUAUUAUCAAAGUACACCGAAGAUACAUUUAAAAGUUGCAGAUUUAAUCACAGAAUACUACACAGGGUCAAAUUUACCUCUCAAAACCAUACCACAGUUUGUACAAUAUGGAUCGGAUAUUUUUAUUUAUCCAAUAGUAAGAUACGCCGACGUUUUGUCUAAGUUUAGCAAAAGCAGUAUUUAUUUUUAUGAGUUUUCUAGCAUGUCCGAACGCAACAUAUUUAGAACUUUAGGCAAGAAAUACGGUAUACCCGGAGUCGCACACACAGACGACCUGAUGUAUGUGUUUCACGCAAAAUAUUACAAUUUGCCGGUGAAUAAGAACGCCACUUCUUACAAAAUGAUACGACAGAUGUGCGCCUUGUUCACCAACUUCGCGAUAAACGGAAAUCCAACACCUGACGCAUCGCUGGGCGCGAUCUGGCCGAGAUACAAUGCAAACACCCGGCUGUAUAUUAACAUCGGAAAAGAUUUAACAAACUACAAAAAUCCUGGGCAGCCGAUUAUGGAUUUUUACGAAUCCAUCUAUAAAGUAGCAAAUUUACAAAAACAAUUUUAGAAUGAAUAUAAUAUGUAUCGUUCUGUUGUUAUUUAUUUAUUUUGCCCCAGAAUUAUUAGUGCUAUAGAUGCCCAUUAAAUGUAAUCAGUAGUUGUGUCAGUAAAUAAUAAUUUGACUAUUUUUUCAAAACUUAUAGCCUUAUAGUAAUGGAUCCAUAGAACUUUUUGUACAACCGAUUACUAUCAAGUUAAUUUUUCGUAGCGUAGCUUCAUCUCGAUGAGACGAUCAACUUUUUAUAUUUACGAAAAUUCUUGAUUCUGAUAGCUAAAUGAGUAACCGGGAAAUAAAAAUUUCUGAGCGUCGGAACGAGAUAAUGUACCACGCAAUUUGUAGGAAUUUGAGGUUGUUAAGUUGUAUAACUACUUAAGUACGUUAAUUAAGCAACAGUAAAAAAAACAGCUGCUUAAUAAUAACAUUUAAUAACCUCGUUAUUGAUACAAGUUGGGGGGAGGGUAGUUUAUCAAAAGUUGUUACUAACCAGAUGAUUUUUUUACUGUUGAUUAGUUAACAACAAUUAUACAACUUCACAGCCACAAUUUCCUACAAAUGUCCUAAAAAUAACAUUAUCUCGUUACGAUACUCAGAAAUUGUUAUUUCCUGGUAACUCAGUUAGGUACCAGAAUCGAGAAUUUUCGAUUAGCGAAAAAAAAAUCAUGAAAAAAUUUAUACAUACUAUUUAAUUCUGUUUCUUAAGAAUGAAGUCAUUGAACUUAAACCUAGUUUACCGACGAGCGUGAAAAUACAGGAUAUUUUAAAAUAAUCGAUUCUUGAAAGUUUGUUACAAUCGUAACUCCUUGAAUUGUAAUUUGUUUUUGACGUGACAACGUCUUAUAAUUCAAUGGAGCCUGUAUACUCGAAUAAAGAUAACGUCAUACGUCGUUCCCUCGCUCUAGGGUUGCCAACUUUUUUUACAACAAAUAAAGUAUGUCUCGCUCUAGGGUUGCCAACUUUUUUUACAAGAAAUAAAGUAUGUCUCGCUCUAGGGUUUCCAACUUUUUUUUAUAAGAAAUAAAGUAUAUUCUGGCCUAUGAAGAUUAUUUUAACAGUAUUUUAACAGUAUUUUAGAAAAACGGACAGUAUUUUAUUUAUUUACUGUUUUAUAUACGUUAAUUAAUUUUUUUUUUUUUUGAAAAAUACAACCAUUUCAUCAGUAUUUUCAACUCAACUAUCGUCUGUAAUCCGUCUUUACAGACAACCGAUUUUUUUAUAGUAAUGCUAAUGGAUAAUAUACAUUACGUAUAAUAUUUGGUAUUUCGGUUUAAGAUGAAGGAAACAUCACGGUGUAUAAUGUAAAAAAAAAAAGUAAUUUAG